AUCUAAAACACAAAAAUACACUUUCUUCUUGAUUGUGCUUAAACCGGGCACGCUUUUUGCAGACGUCAGGCUUGCCAGUUGACCUUGCCGUCCGCUACCAAAUCAACAUGGCUCUGGGGAGCAUCAAAACCAUCGCCAACGCGGAGCGAUUCAACAAAAUGAUCUUGCCCUUGCUGUGGACCGAAAUCAGACUCUACAGCUUGCCGGACAUGCUUGCCGCGCGUUUCCGCCUCUACCUCAACACCCUGCCCGGCGUCGAGCAGGCCAUCACCUACUUCUUCUUCGUGAUGGGGGCGGCGUUCCUCGCCGCCUCCGUCUACAAGUUCCUCACGUCGAAGACCGACCGGUCCUAUAACACGCGGUGGAUCGAGGACGACCUCGUGCUCAACAUCGAGAAGAAGCUGUCCAGCUACAAGCCCGAGAAGAGGGCGAGCAUGACGGCCAAGGAGCUCGAGGUGUACUUUUCUAGUCUCGUGACUCCGCUGAACCAAGAGCUGUGCCCCGAUGACGAGGAAGCGUGAGACUGCAGGACUUUUGUACAUAUUUAUUUUUAAUUGUGAUGUUUACGCCUUGUGUGCGGAUAAUUUAUUUCGAUGGCCUAGAGAGGUUAGUGGAUGAGUUAACUUUAGACAAGGACUUGGUACUGUUUCGUUGUAGAGACAAGUUGUGAUAUUUAUGUCAAUUAGACUAGGGCACGCCACUAUUUAUAAUUGCUCAAUCUGUAGAUUAGGUCGGUAGGAUCACUGUCAGUAUUUUUGUAUUAAUUUCUACGAAGAUA